CCUAACAAGUGGAAUGUGGAGGUCGUAUAAUUUAGAAUUGGUCAUUUUGUUUGGAUACUGUUUUUGCAAUCUAUAUGCAGUGCCGUACAGUUGCUACGCUGAUGUAUGUAACGCGGAUACAUCAGCGCAAUUUUGUGACGUAAUAUACAGACGAUGUCGACGUUGUGAAGAUGUACGGACUGACUGUUUUAGCAGGAUGAUGACGUACAACUGCACGGACUAUUGUUACGAUAUGAAACACGGGCAUGAUAUGGAGCAACUUCGUGUUUCUGGUUGCAAUACUCCUUCGCCACCAGAACACGGACGUUAUCACGUCAACACCAUUCGCGUAUCGUAUAAUACCACGCUAAUGGUCACAUGUGACACAGGAUACAGCCUUUUAGAUGGGGAUCAGUAUAUAUGCAACAACUUCUCAAUGUGGACGGGAACAAGACCUUUUUGUAAAGUUUCAGAAACUGGAAGUUGUGUGCUUACAGCCGUCAUUUUGAUGGUGAUUGCAAUUGCAAUAGUAAUUGUCACUUUGAUUGGUCUAUUCUGCGGAUAUAAACGUUGCCAGAAUAACAUGUAUUUACAACACACAUGUAAACAUAACAAACAUUGUGACACAAACAAUUCCAAUUGUGAUCAGAACCUCAUAAGCACUGAUCCACCCCAUCAGAAGGGAGACAUCGCCACCAACAUACCUCAAAGCACAGAACAAACAAUGUUCAUAAGAAAUUCACACGAUACAUUUGGAUUUGAACAUACAUAAGAUCACCAUCUGCCUCUUAUGCAUUAUGACACGGAUGGCAAAAAACUUGAGGGUGAACCAGACAAAGACGCUCAGAUAAUGCAAAUGAAAUACCAUGUCUUGAAGACUUGAGCUAUUUGAAGCUGAUCGACCGCUUACCGCCAUCGUCAUUUUUAAGACUUCACCGUCACUCUCUGUGAUAAACCAUAAGUCAACGAAGAUCCUUAGUAUGGCGAUGUCGAGGCAAUUUGCAAGUAAAUGUGCAAUCUGUAACAAGUUUACGGACAGUAUUGUGAACCAUACUCUCUGGUUCUGUGAAAAAAACAGAAUCCAAAAGUAAUAAGCGUAUUGCUGAAUUGUACAAAGUGACUGGGCACUGCAAAUUUAUGAAAUUUAUGCUAUUUCCAGUAAUGACAAUGAGUAGACAUCUAGUGUGUCUUGCAUAAACAGUAACUGAAGAUGACCUUUUAAGCAAUUUCGUUCUACUCAAACUCAUAUGUGAUUUGUUUAAACUUGAUUAUGAUACAUUCACUUAAAAUCGACUAUAACAGAUUUUGUAAUGGUAUGAAAUUUACAUGACUUUUUGUUUGUAUAUUUAUUCAUGAAUACAUAUUUUGUAAAUCAUGCCACUCUGUCUAUGUUAAAUAUGCUUUGUGAUUAUUGUUUAUUUAUGUUGUUCGAAUCUUCGAUAUCGAAGGAAAUAAAGAAUAUAUAUAUACUCCAAAUAUCAUACACGAGUGAGAUGCUGAAUCCAUUACCCACAAGCGAUUGUUUGUCGAGAGCCAACUAUCCCACCUACCCAAAGGUUAUUAGUAUGUGA